AGUUGUUUACAUUCUAGAUGCUCCCUUCUCGACUAGUAUAUAAAGGAAUGAGGAACCACAGUGGGUAGAAAACUAAACACAAAGCGAUCAAAGAUAGAAGUCUACAAGUAACAUUGGACAGCAAGCGAAAGCAUAAACGUCUGUAACAACUUUGAUUCAAAUUCAACUCUUGCUCAAGCUUCAACUUAUUUAAAUUUAUUUGUUAUCAACUUCAAAUUUUCCAGUUCUUGCGACUUAAACAACAACUGCGAAGUAAACUCAGUGGGUUUUUUUUAACGAAGAAAUAUGCCUAAAGGAGGUAACGCACCCGCUAUUGGGAUUGAUCUGGGGACAACAUACUCCUGCGUUGGUGUCUUCCAGCAUGGGAAGGUGGAAAUCAUCGCCAACGAUCAAGGUAACAGAACAACCCCAAGCUAUGUUGCUUUCACAGACACUGAACGCCUGGUUGGAGAUGCCGCCUUAAACCAGGCAGCUAUGAAUCCAAACAACACCAUCUUCGAUGCUAAACGUCUGAUUGGUAGAAAGUUUGACGAAAGAACCGUGCAGAGUGAUAUGAAGCAUUGGCCGUUUAAAGUUGUGGAUGCGGGCGGAAAGCCAAAGAUUCAAGCUGAAUAUAAAGGUGAGAAAAAAAUGUUUGCACCUGAAGAAAUCAGUUCUAUGGUUUUGAGCAAGAUGAAAGAGACAGCAGAGGCUUAUCUGGGCCAGAAAGUCAAAGAUGCCGUCAUCACAGUCCCUGCUUAUUUUAAUGACUCACAAAGACAGGCCACAAAAGAUGCUGGGGCCAUCGCUGGGUUAAAUGUUCUUAGAAUAAUAAACGAGCCAACUGCAGCUGCACUGGCCUAUGGAUUAGACAAGCGGCAUAAAGGUGAAAUGAAUGUACUCAUCUUUGACCUGGGAGGUGGCACAUUUGAUGUGAGUGUGCUGACCAUUGAUGAAGGUUCAAUGUUUGAAGUGAAAGCCACUGCUGGUGAUACUCACUUGGGUGGAGAAGAUUUCGACAGCCGGAUGGUGAACCAUUUUGUGCAAGAGUUUAAGAGGAAAUACGGCAAGGAUAUGAGCACAAACCCCAGGGCAAUAAGACGUCUGCGCACCGCCUGUGAAAGAGCUAAAAGAACCUUAUCCAGCAGCACUGAAGCUUCUAUUGAAAUUGAUUCCUUGUUUGAUGGCAUUGAUUUCUACACAAAAAUCACAAGAGCAAGGUUUGAGGAGCUUUGCGGAGAUUUAUUCCGGUCUACCCUCGAACCUGUUGAGUCAGCUCUGAGAGAUGCCAAGUUGGAUAAGGGCAAAAUACAUGAGGUUGUCUUGGUAGGAGGCUCAACGCGCAUCCCCAAGGUUCAGAAACUGUUGACUGACUUCUUCAAUGGAAAAGAACUGAACAAAUCUAUUAACCCUGAUGAGGCUGUGGCCUAUGGUGCUGCAGUUCAAGCUGCUGUACUAACUGGAGACACAAGUGAUACAAUUAAAGAUGUUUUGCUGGUCGAUGUGGCUCCGUUGUCUCUGGGUAUCGAGACAGCCGGAGGCGUCAUGACCCCACUGGUCAAGCGAGGCACCACCAUCCCAACCAAGACGUCCCAGAUCUUCACCACUUACUCGGACAACCAACCAGGUGUGGAUAUACAGGUGUACGAAGGUGAACGUGCCAUGACCAAAGACAACAACCACCUGGGCAAAUUCCACCUGACCGGCAUCCCACCUGCACCUCGGGGUGUACCGCAGAUUGAAGUCACCUUUGACAUUGACGCCAACGGCAUUCUCAAUGUCACCGCCCAGGACAAAAGCACGGGAAAAUCCAGCAACAUCACCAUUAAAAAUGACAAAGGUCGCCUUAGCCAGGCAGAGAUUGACAGAAUGUUGGCAGAGGCUGAAAGAUACAAGGAAGAAGACAGGAAACAGCAGGAAAGGGUCAGCGCCAGAAAUCAACUUGAGAGUUAUGUGUUCAGUGUCAAGCAAGCUAUUGAAGCUGCCGGUGACAAGCUUGCGUCUAAAGACAAAGACACAGUGCUCAACGCGUGCAGCGAGACAUUGAAAUGGCUAGACAAUAACUCCCUGGCCGAGAAAGAGGAAUAUGAAGACAAGUUGAAGGAAAUCCAAAAAACCUCAUCAUCCGUCAUGGCUAAGCUGCAUACACAAGGAGGAGGCAAUCCAGGUGGACAGGGAGGAUCUUCUGCCAGAGGGCAGUCACAUGGUGGAGGACCAACCAUUGAAGAGGUUGACUAACUUACCCAUCUCAAUUGUAAUAAUUUGUCCUCUUUUUGACUGGUCAAUUCUGUGUAAAAUAUGUUUCAUUUAAAUUAUUUUUAACAUUUAGACUUGAUUUCCAGUUCAUGUUGCUGAGUUGUAUCAUUACAAGUUAAAUUUUAGUUAACAUUUUAAAAUGUUUCAUUCAUAACCUAAUGGAUUUUAAAUGUUUGUAGUUUUUAAAUUAACUUCAGUUAAAUAUUUUGAACACGCUUGUUAAAUGUUGCCUAGUUGUAUUUUUCAAAAUUCUGAAUGAAUGUUUAAUAUUUAAUCUAUUGAAUAUCUGCAUUGUAUAAGCCUAUAGUAAACUGUUGCACUUUUAAGCAAUGUUAAAUUC